AUGUCUUGGGACAUUGAAUUAGGCGAUCAAAUAUUACAAGAUCUUUAUGCAUGGAUUGAUCAAAUACAAUUAAGUCGACCUAAAAAACGUAUCGAAAAAGAUUUUGCUGAUGGUGUGAUGGUAGCAGAAUUAAUUAAAUAUUAUUUUCCUAGUUGGGUGGAUUUACAUAAUUAUGCAGCAGCCAAUAGUACACAACAGAAAUUAAUUAACUGGGGUCUUUUAAAUAGGAAAAUCUUCUGUCGAUUUGGUCUAAAUGUUCCCGAACAUAUAAUGCGUGGUAUAUGCCUUGGUCGCGCUGGGUUAAUUGAAAUAUUUCUUUACAAUUUACGAACAAAGAUUGAUGAUUAUCUCUACGGAAUGGAAACACAUUCUAGUGAUCCUCAAUAUCGUAUUCUUCAUCACAAAGAAAAAACAAGUGAAGCUAACACACUAACAUCUCGACAAGUUCAACAAUAUUCAUCACCAACUGAACAGAGCUCUAUGUCAAAAUCUCGAAUCAAUGGUGGAAAUGUAUCAAAAAAGUCGCAAUCAAUGUAUAAUUUAAAUACAGAUAUGGUUAGUCGUAUUGAAUAUGAUGAAAAAGAGCAAGAAUCUAUUGCAAAAGAUGAAGAAAUUCAAAUUUUACAAGCAAAGAUUCGUCGACUCGAGCAUUUACUUCAUUUAAAAGAUGUCCGAGUUGAUGAAUUGUCAAUGCAACUUGAUCAAACACGAAACUUAACAGGUGCUGGCGUUGGAUCAUCAGAUCGUCGUCAACCAACACAUAUGCCUUUUAAUGGGCGUAGAUAA